AGUGGUGGCUUAUGACAUGACUGGCAAUGCAUAAUGGGCAAGAGGUGAUGUUUUUCUGCUCUACUCUUGUAGACCAAAUGUUGUUUUGAUGGACGCAAUUCGAUUGACUAGAGGUGUGGUAGCUGUGGUGUGAGCAGUUCGGGAGUGCAUCCAAAGCUUGAGUCUUCGUGCCUAACACAUGAUUGUUGCUGGAUAACCGAUGUCGUGGUCUGGUCUUCCGGAGUCUCAGAGAGAUUAGCCGGAACCCACAUGAAAAGAUGGCCAUAGUUUGCAGACCCGAUGUUUUCACUUGGUUUCAAUAGACUGGAGAUCGACGAUAUCAGAAGUGGGGUGAAACUACGCUGCGGGGUCCUCCUGGUGUUUGUGUAUAACUACAAAUCGACCGUCGACACUAUCCACCCAAAAAUCACCAACGUGGUUACUCCAACAAUCAUGGCCCCAACACCACCCAACAUAACCACCUUCACAACCUCACCCUACACAGCCGCCCGUGAAGCCCUGGAAAAAGACGGCUUCGUAAUCCUCCCAACAACCCUCUUCCCCACCUUCGACCUCGCGGCCCUCCGCACCGCAGCAGCCGACCUCUGCACCUCCGCCCGCACCGGCAGAUGGCCGUUCAUCCGCACUCUCCCCAAGCAAUUCCCUCCCUGGCCCCAGGACCCCUCUAACGGUAUCUGGGGCGUGCAGCACCUCCUGCAUCCGUCGAAUCCCUGGCACGAUUUGUUCGCGCAGAGCUACUUCGACGCCGAGCUGCUGAAGUAUGUUGCUGCGCUGCUGGAGUGCGAAGAGGAGGACCUGACUAUGGAGCUGUACAACAUGCUUGUGCGGCCGGAGCGGAAUUUCGAGCUAAGGUGGCAUAGAGAUGAUGUCCCUGCGAGUGCGACUCCGGAGGAAGAGGUAGAGAGGUUGCAGAAGCCGGGGCACCACGCGCAGUGGAACUUGGCGCUGUACGAAGACAGCAGUCUAGUAGUCGUGCCGGGGAGUCAUCGGCGGGCGCGCACGGAGGAGGAGAGGAGUGCAGAGCCGUAUGCAGAGAGGUUGCCGGGGCAGGUUACGGUCAGGUUGGAGCCAGGGCAAGUGGUGUUUUACAACAAUAAUAUUCUGCAUAGGGGGGUGUAUGACUGUGGGAAGGAGAGGUUGACGCUGCAUGGGAGCAUCGGGACGGUCAAGGCGGGGAGCGAUAGGGCGAGGAAUGUGUUGCAGCAUGGUGUGGGGGAGUGGGCGAAGGAGGACGACUUCAGUGGGUUGGAUGACGGGGUGAGGGAGAGGGCGCUGAGGAUGAGGGAGCGAUUGGUAGAGCUGGGGAGGACGAGCGGUGAUGUUGGGUUUUUUUCGAAGGACGAGUGAUUUAGGAUAUUCGUCGCAGUUGAAGUACUGUGGUCGAAGGUCACUGAGAUAUUGCUAGGUUCCCUUCAUCAUGUGCUCGAUACCCCCUCGCAUGUGAAUAACUAUUUCACCGUGCACUCAUA